AUGAAAAAUUUAGCAAUUAUUUUGGUAAUAAACUACGAAAAGGAAGAAAAGGAGGGAAAAGUUUUCUUAAUACCAAAGUCAUAUAGUUUCAAAUUUGAUGUAAAGGAUGGUGCAAAUUUCGAUUUAACAAAUUUGUUCAAUGGAAACAAGGAACUAAGUGAGCCAAUGCUUAUUUUCUUGAACGAGAAUUGGAAACAGAUAUCAAAGGAAUUCGGAGAUCCCAUAAUGGACGUUACAGCGAAAAAGUUAUUUAAAAAUUUAGUUGCAUUUUUUUCAAAGGUACCAUUAAGUGAUAUUGCCACUUUUUAA